GGGAAGCCAGGGAUGCGGUUCCGGGGCACGGCGCUGUGCCUGAGCUUCUGAGCCGUGGCUCAGGCUGCGGGGGCUGCGGGGUCGGUCCGAGCCUGGCUCGGGGCAGGGGGAGAGCCCCGGAAAGUGGAGCGGAACCGGUCCUGGGAGGAGGGCACCGGCCCAGAUACCGACCCUCCUCCCACCCCCCCCCCGGCGCCCCCGCCCCGAGGAUUCCUGUCUGUGAUGUCCAAUGUAUUCUGCAGGUCCUACUGAGCUGGAAAGUCUUUGGGAGUUGGCUAGGAACUGACUGUGUUUUUCUCAUAGGAAGACCAAUCCAAGUGAUCCCUUUAAACAAUAUGAAGAGGAGAAAGUAGACUUUUAAGGAAAUUGGCCUCCAUAAAGAAUGGCCUUCUUGGAUAACCCAACGAUCAUCCUGGCUCAUAUCCGGCAAUCCCAUGUGACCAGCGAUGACACGGGGAUGUGCGAGAUGGUUCUGAUUGAUCAUGAUGUAGAUCUGGAAAAGUUUCAUCCACCUUUGGUGCCUGGAGACAAUGGCUCAGAAAUGCCAGGAAGCAGUGUUGAAACUCAGGGCUAUGUCUAUGCCCAGUCUGUUGACAUUACCUCAAGUUGGGACUUUGGCAUCAGAAGACGCUCAAACACAGCUCAAAGAUUAGAGCGACUUCGAAAAGAGAGACAAAACCAGAUAAAAUGCAAGAAUGUUCCAUGGAAAGAAAGAAAUGCUUCUCAUUCAGCAGAGGAGCUCAGCUCAUUGUUUGAAAAAAAGAACUUCAAAGUCAAGUCUUCAAGUGUGGGGAAGCCAUCCCUCCUCUCCGUGCGCCUAGAGCAGUGCCCGCUCCAGCUGAAUAAUCCUUUUAAUGAGUAUUCCAAAUUUGAUGGUAAGGGUCACGUAGGGACCACUGCAACCAAAAAAAUUGAUGUCUACCUCCCACUGCACACAAGCCAAGACAGACUCCUACCAAUGACAGUUGUGACCAUAGCACAUGCCAAGGUGCAUGAUCUAAUCGGCCUAAUCUGCUGGCAGUAUACAAGUGAAGGACGAGAACCCAAGCUCAAUGACAACGUCAGUGCUUAUUGUCUCCACAUUGCUGAGGACGACGGUGAGGUUGACACAGACUUCCCUCCCCUGGAUUCCAAUGAGCCCAUUCAUAAAUUUGGCUUUAGCACUUUGGCCUUGGUUGAGAAGUAUUCAUCUCCUGGUCUUGCAGCCAAACAGUCACUCUUUGUUCGAAUAAAUGCUGCUCAUGGAUUCUCCCUUAUUCAGGUGGACAGCACGAAGGUCACCAUGAAGGACAUCUUGCAGAAGGCACUGAAGCGGAGGAAGGGCUCUCAGAGGGGUUCAGGUCCUCAGUAUCGCCUGGAGAAACAGAGUGAGCCCAAUGUCCCCGUGGACUUAGAAUGCACCCUGGAGAGCCAGAGCACUUUGGAGUUCUGCCUUGUGCGAGAGAACAGUUCCAGGGGAGAAGGGAUUUCGGAGGAGGAUCCUCAGACUGACAUAGCCACAGUCCAAGACAUGCUGUCCAGUCACCAUUACAAAUCUUUCAAAGUCAGCAUGAUUCACCGACUCAGAUUCACGACGGAUGUGCAACUAGGUAUCUCUGGAGACAAGGUGGAGAUAGACCCCGUCACUAACCAAAAGGCCAGCACAAAGUUCUGGAUUAAGCAGAAGCCCAUUUCAAUUGAUUCUGACCUGCUGUGUGCCUGUGACCUUGCUGAAGAAAAAAGCCCAAGUCACGCGAUGUUUAAACUUACCUAUCUAAGCAAUCACGACUACAAACAUCUCUACUUUGAGUCAGAUGCUGCUACUGUCAAUGAGAUUGUGCUGAAGGUGAACUAUAUCCUGGAAUCCCGAGCAAGCACUGCCCGGGCUGAUUACUUUGCUCAGAAACAAAGGAAGCUGAGCAGGAGAACAAGCUUUAGCUUCCAGAAGGAGAAGAAGUCGGGACAGCAGUAAUGGCUGGAACAAAGAACCCUGAUGUGCCACCCUUCACAGCAGCAGCAGCAGCAGCUCCCCACAGCCUCGGUGGGCACCAGCAAUGGAAGGCCCCAGGCUCUCUACAGUUUCUCAUGGUUGAAGGAUCCUGACCACCAUGUUGGGGAUGGAAUGGAACCCAGAAUUUGGUGGGCCACCCUGUGCCCUUUGACUGGAGCCCCUUCAGCUAGAGCUAAGACUCAAAUGAGGAUGGCAGAUAUUUGGAUUAGAAGCCAGACGAGAUCACAUGCUGGGUGAACUCCAUUAUGUAGCACAUACAAUCACAAAAAGAGUGACUUCUACUUUUUUUCACUGCCUGAUUACAAAACAUUGAUAUGUAAAAGAAAGAGGUCACUUAGAACACGAUCAAAUGUCUUCAAGUUAAUACUGAACAAAAUGUAUACUUUUUUUUUCCUUGUAAUAAACUGGCAUAAUCUUUAUCAAGGCAUGUAGGAUGGACCAUUCUUUGGGGCAGAGGGUUAAUUAUGUGAUUCUUUUUUAAAAUCUUCCAGAUUAUCAAGGGGCAGAUCUUUUAAAAGCACUGUUUGAUUCUCUUAGAAGAAACGUUUAUUGAUAGAUCAGUAUUUCCAAAGCACCAUUUGUUUGGUGACUUCCUGUAGAACCUUAUUGACAGCCGGAGAACAAGAAGAGAUGCUGUAUCUUAAAACCCACCGUGUCCUUUACGUGCCUGGAGAGGCCUUGUUUCCACAGAUGAGAUGGCAUGGUAGAGCAAAGAGCACUUGACUGGGGGCCAGGGAGGAUGGGAAGUGAACCGCCCCUCAACCUUUGAUAAGGUGUGUCGCCUUGGGUGAGCCACCCCCUAGCCCGAGCCGGGGGUUGGAUUAAAUGAUCUCCAAGACACCUUCCAACUCUGAAUGUGAUGAUCCUUCUGUCUUCAGAGACAAUGCUGUCUUCAUGGCAUUGGGCCAGCUGGUAAUCAGGGAAGAGGGAUACAACUUGGAAGCAACUGCCAUCCCUGGUUUCUGGUCUUUGGGAGACAUAGCACGAUAUAGCCGGAAAGUCAGUCAAAUAGAGUGAGAAGAACUGGCCUGUGGUCCUAGCUUGCUAGAACUCCUUACUUAGCUUAAAUACCUUGGGCAAGAUGCUUCCCACACUCAGCCUCAGGUUUUGCAACAUGAUUGAUUUGGACUAGGUCUCGGUCUCUUUUUCCUCUAAUAUCUGGUAUUCUUUGUUCUCACACUGUGAUCUAAAGUCCCUUCUGACUCCAGCAUUCUGAGUUUUAAUUGCCCUUCCAGGUCUGACAGCUUCUGAUAUGAUCAUAAAACUGUUACCUGGAGAUGGAUAAUUUCUCAUUUCCCUAAGGCGGGGGCUCGCUCUUUCCCUUGUUUGUGCCCUGGACCCCAUUGACAGUCUGGGGAAGCCUAGGGACUUAUCCUCCCAGUAAUGUUUUCAAAUGCAUAAAAUACACGGGAUCAAAAAGGAAACCAAUUCUAUUUAAAUACAGUUACCAGAAUAUUUCUUCAAAACAAGUUCACAGACCAGGUGAAGAAUUGCCGCCUUACAUUGAAAGAAAAGAUUCUGUUGAUAAUAACAGUGAAAGUUUUUUGUAUUAUUUGAGCGUUCUCACCUUUCAGUGGCUCGUAGGGAUGGAGCAAUAGCAGUGCCUUCUUUUCUCCUUUACCAAAAAAAGAAAAAAGAAAUGACUUCCUUUGUGAAAGCAGCACAUGACAGUGGGCAGCUGCUAGAUCGGGAGUCGUGGAGCCUGGGUUCAAAUCCUGGAGCUGCUAUUUACCCACUCUGUGUCCUCAGGCAAGUCACUUUCCUCCUGAAACCUUGUUUCCCUGUAAAAUGGGGGUGAUAACCCCUGCACUGCCUCCUGUGGGGGAAAAAUGCUUUGUAAAUAUUAAAGCUGGGUAAUAUUAAAUAUUAAAGCAGGGUUAAAAUGGAGUGAUUGUGUUUUAAAGCAGUAUUUAAAUAUGGUUCUUCUUUCUGUCUGCCAAUAAAAAGUUCAAUUUUUAAAGCAGAUAAAUAACCUGAACCAAUACUAGUAAUAGUUUUAUUCCAUCAGAGGGAACCGGCUUAGAGUCCGUCAUUCACUUUUAUGAAAUAGAUAGAAGAUUUCCAGCCAAGAGUUUCAAUGGGAGAGAGGAGAGUUGUUGCUUCAGACAGCCUCUGGCUUUCCAUUGUCAGUAAAGCACCACUUGUCCCUCUGCUGCAGCCCAUCCCCUUCGUUUUGCGGAUGAGGAAACUGAGGCACAGGGAAAUGGAGUGACUUCCCCAUAGUCCCAUAAGCAAUAAGUGGAAAAACCAGGAUUCAGUCCAGGUUCCCUGACUCCCAAACCAGUCUUCUUUUUGCUACACCCCACGUCACCAACUUGGACCUUCUGGGGAGAGGAUGUGGACACUGGCCACAGGUGAGUGCAGUCACUUUCCAUGGGCAGGCAGAGUUGGGGUUUUUGCUCCCAAUUGUAAAUGCUCAUCUCUCUUGACCGCCCAUGUGGUUUGAUCUGGAUCUCCAGUAGUCAUAAUGAUUCACAUUUGCCCAGAGCUUACCAGUUUCCAUCUGCCUUCACCUACAUUAUCUCACUGGAUUUCUCCUGUCCCCAAGUGACAGAUGAGGAAACAGGCUCAGAAAUGGAAAAUGACCAGCCCAAGGCCACGCAAAGAGUGAGUGUCAGAGAGAGUCACAGAAUUCUAGAGUUAGGAAGGACCACACAAGACUACUUCAAAUUCUCCAUUUUAUGGGGGAGAAAACUAGUCCCCAUAAACGGGAAAUGAUUGGUCAGUCCAAGCUUGUUUGAGCCAGCACUCAAACCCAGGUCUUCAGAUGCUGAAUCUACAGCUGUUUCUACUAGAGCACCCUGCCUCAUAUGUGAAAAGCCUUUUAUUAAAACUAUUACAUGUGAAAAGAUCUGAUGAAAUACAACAGACUAGAGUGUAUUCCCUGGAAAAGGGUAAUUUUCAUUAAUUCCUCAAUUCAGUUCGAUGUUCGUGUAACAGAAGAAUCCUUUUCUUAACAAAACUGUUUUCCACAACCUCAGCAAGACAGAAAGACUCUCCUUUAUAAUCUGCUACCUGUAUUUCAAUUUUUAGCCAUUUUAUAUUUUCAACUAUCUUUUGAGAUGGAAAAGACUAAUUAAGUCAUUAAACCUUGUGACGUUCAGUAUUAAAAAUUAUAU